GCUGUCCCCCCGCUGUGGCGGCGGGGAGCGGCCGCCAUGUGGCGGCCCUGAGGCGGGCGGCGCAGCCCCGGGGCCGGGGGGGAGAUCGGCGGCCGCCGGCUUUGUCUUGCUGCCGGCCGUGCUGUGCUGCCCGAGGGUUGCUGUAUCAUCUCAAGCGCAACCAUGGACCCCGAAGCUGAGAUCAAGAAGCAGGUAAACCCCUUCUACUGCAACAUUUGCAAAAUCUGGUGUGCUUCUGCAUUAAACUUGCAGACUCACUUCCUCGGAUUCAAGCAUAAGACGGUUGAAGAAGCACUGAAAGCUCAUGGUAUUGUUAAAACUGCAGGUGGCACAGGAGAUCAAGUGAAAACACCUGAAAAACUUCCUGAUUAUGUGCAAACUGAGCCAGAGAGAUUUCAUGGACAGACUUUGGAAGAGCAACUUAACACAUGUAAAGAUUCAGAACCUGCACUCGGACUUAAUUAUAUAAUCGAAUACCGAUCAAAAGACAAUUUCCCUUUUCUCUAUGAGUGUCAACUGUGCCACUGUAAAACAGGACUGAGUAACAUGUUCAUGCACGUUUGUGGUUCCAAGCAUAGACUGGCAUACUUGAAACAACAUUAUCCUGAGAUAGCAGAAUCUGAUGAAGUUAAGGGUAAAGGCUCUGAACUCAACCGAAAAGUUAGGCAAGUUGCAUUAACAAUUGAGAAGAAAGAAGGAAGAAAACAAAUAAAGGUUGUUACAGAUGCCCCAAUGAUGAGGAAGAGAUGGCAAGAAUAUCCUACUGCAGAUGACAGCCCUUCAAAAGCCAAAGUUCAGCAUGUGGAUACAUCGCUUAGUAAUGAAGAAGAAACAGAUAGCAAAAAUAAGGACGGAAAAAUGCCAGGCCCUAUUCAAGAAAAGAAUGUUCAAGAGGAGCUGGAAAAAAGUCAGCAAGAACAGGCAAAAACAGAUGAGAAGGCUGAAACUAAUAAGCCUAUUGAAAGCAGCAAAGACAACAAGACUGAAGAAGACAGCAAAGGCAACGAUUCUGAAAAGUGUGAGACCAACAAACAAUUGCAGGAAGAAAAUGAGGAACUUGAGCAAGAACCUCCAGCAAAUCUUGAGGAAUUUACUAGUCAAGAAGAACUGUUGGGUUAUUUGCAAAGUUUUGAGAUACUGAAUGAAGACGAUGCUGCUUUUAUCCUAAAAGUAACACAGACUCUCACAGAUGCACUGGUGGAAUAUCGUCAGCAGGCUGCAUCAAAAAAAGAUCUCUUAGAUACUGAACAUAAUGGAGAAGAAGUAUUGGAACAAUCCACAGAGCAAUCUGACCUGAAUUCUGCAGAUAUUAGUGAUUCUGAUACUGACUAUUCAAGCAGACGAUCAGCUAAGAAGUCCUUAUCAGUAACUGAGGAAGAUGAACUGCAAAACUUCUCAGCUGGCACUUUGGAAGCAGCGUAUGAGAACAACAUCACCACUGAGUUUUUGAACAGUGUAAGAAAUAUGAAUCUUGAGGAAGUUACUGCUACUCUACACAAAAUAGCAGCAGCAAACCCAGCUUUCAGAGGAAUUGAUAUUCCAAAUGUUGUAAGGAUCCUGACUGAAAGUGGGACUCUGAGAAGAUCAAGCAAUGGCAGCACACAGUGACGUGGUAGUUAGCAGAGUUAAUAUUGCAGUAUUUACUUUCUGUAAGUUUGAGAAUAUUCUUUUACUUGAUACGAACUCAAUGUAGUUGAUUUUACUAUAUCCAAAUUCUGUACAGUGUUGUUUUACUUAAAAAUUUGGUUAUGGGGUUCCUGUUAUUUUUUUCACAUGGCUGACAUUUCUGUAUUUGUGGAAAGGUUGUAAAGUUCAUGUUUCCCUUGCUGCUUAAGCAUGUUUUGUUUUUUUUUUAAAAACAGGUUGCUGUUGUUUUCCUAAAUAUUUUUGCAUUCUGUAUAUUGGCAAUCUGGUCUCUUCGUAUUGUUUCUUUCACAAAGAGUUAACAACAGAAGGGAUAGUAGAAGUCAGUGGUUCAAAUUCAUGCUACAACAAACAGUUGGAAAUUAUUGCCUGUGGCUAUUGAAAUAAAAAAAUCUCCUUCCAUGUAAGAAUAAUGAAUUGGUCUCCUCUGUUUCUAAAUAAAGAUGAAUAACAAAAAGCCAGAGCUGUCAGUCCAGUUCUGAGCUGAGAAACGCAUGGACUAUAGGUAAUUUAUGUAGACUAGAUAACUGGAAAAUUUAGCAAAUUCAGCAGAGGUUUACUUGCUUGCAAAUUCAGAGAUACAUCCCAAGAGACGUAAGCAGACUAUGGUUGACACACUGAAGUGGUAGUGAAAAUAUCUUCUGUCUUCUCUUGUAUGACCAGUAUGAGAAUGAAGUGAAAGUUGGCUUAUACUAUUCUUCAGUUCUGGCUUUUUAAAGGUAAACUUUUUUUCACCCACUGUAAUAGUCUUUUUGACUUAAUACACGUGUGUGUGUAUGUAUAUAUAUAUGUAAUAUAUACAUUUAUAUGUAUAAGUCCUAUGUGUUAACCACUACUAAUUUGGUAGGAUGAUAGAAAAAUGUUUUGGAUGGUUACAGAUUAAUGUGUUUUGGAAAAAAAUAAUUUUUUAAAAUUAAAUUGCCUAAUUAAAAUCUUCUUCCUGCGUGUGGUCUUGGGUAGUGUUCAGUGCUUCUAAUUAAAGCUCUUCAGCUUUGCAGCCAAAAGCUGGUAUAAUGCAGACAUGAUGGGGCCAGAUGGUAAAUGAACCUUUUAAUGUUAACUUAGACUUUUUUUUGGAGAUCUGGAUGGAAUUGAGAAUCCUCAUCCUGGUGGUUUCACAUCUUCAUAUCUUGGAAUGCAAGCUGCCGUAAAAGAAAGGUAACAAAAAAAAAAAAAGCAGCAAAAUAGGUUAGUUUUGUUCUAUGAACAAACUAAUCAUGAAGGAAUAUGGUUAGUUGGUUAGUUAGAAUUAACCACGUAGGAAUGAAAAACGUUUCAAUGACAAUUAAAGAAAUUAAAACAGAAAACGAUUACUAUUUUAAUAAAAUUGUGAAGAAUUUCUAGAAUGUCUUGAAGUUUGUUCUGUUCAGAAACAGAGAUAAAACCAAUCAGCUGUGCAGUUAUUCUCCCCUUAAAACUUUUGUUUUCUGGUGCAAAUAGAAUCUGCAAAAGAGUUAUUUUGUUUGGUCUUGUAUCUGCCUGUGUUUUGUGAUGUAUAUUCUUAUGCUACCAGAAAACUACUUUUGUUCCACACAGUUUUUAAGGAUAAUAUUUUCCUUGCAUCUGAUUUUUUUUUAAAGACACUAUCUCUACUAGUGAUGCUUAAGAAAUGUUGCUGACUGCCCUUAAUAUUAUGCACUGUUUGUUAAAGUAACACCAAGGCAGAUAUCCUGUGUAUCUGGAGAAUUCAUCAAAUUUAAAACUUAAGUAAAAGCAAGAAAAAUUCUACCAACUGGGAACUGAUUUUUCUUUUAGCUUUACCUUAGUGUAACAUAUUUUAUUGAGACACCAGAGAGCUUGGGGGAAAUUAACAAAAUUGCAGAACUUGAACUUCUCUUAGAAAGCAUAACGUGUGAAGGAGAAGGGCACUCAGGUGAAUUGACAGGAAAUGAAAAUGUUUGAGUAUGCAACAGAAGGCAAGCUGCCUGGUGUAAAUUGUGAUGUUCUCUGAUCAUAACUCUAGAGUUAUGGAAACAUCCUGCUCUUGUUUUGUUUCUGGUUUCUUCUAGGAUUGUGAUAUGUCUUUCUGAGUUAGGAAUUUAUUAUCCCUUUUGAAGCAGUAGGCCCCAUCUUGUGAAUCUGAUCUAGGCAUCGGUAUACAAAACUCAUAUAGUGUGCCUGAGGGUUUGAUACCAUAUGUGAAAUCUGAAAUGCUAAUGCUGAUUCUGCAUUGCCUUCACCAAAGCUAUUCUCAAGUCUUUUAAUUGUUUUUAUACUCUGUAAAUGCAAACCCUGGGUUUUAUUAUUGCAUUUUUGUUCGAGGAAAUGUUAUUAUGUAACUUCAUUUUAGAAAUACAAUUAAAAACGUU